AUGCGUGAACAACAGGAAACAAUCUGGCCCGACCAGUCCGGAGUUCUUACAGCUGAUGAUGAUGCUAAACCACGAUACUACGAGAGCUCCUCAUGGAUUGCUGCUCUCCGGAAUCUAGAAGGCUCUCCAGCAUCAUUGUCACCCUUGAUAAGUGACAUGGGCAGCCCAGGAUCUCUCAGCUCUCUGGGCAAUUAUUCUCAAAAUAGCUCCGAAGCUCCAAUAGGCGAGAUCUACGACUUUGUGAACCUCCCAGAAGUCAACCGAUUGAUCUGUUGGUAUUCAGAAUUCGUGCAAUUCUGGCAUCCUGUGGCACACGGGCCUAGUGUCAUCGCUGCUUUACAAUGUUUACGAGCACGAAAGCCUUGUCCAACUGGCUCUUCCGCUCUUCUUGCCGCCAUCUGUUAUUCAGCAUCUUCGUCUCUCCAGGCUUCGGCUGAGGUGGAGUCUUCGAGCAUUGAACCAUCAGCAUGGAAAGAACUUGCCCAGCAGUUCUUAUCCACUGCCCGAUAUCCUCAAAGACCAUGUCUAAACACGAUACGAGCAGCUUUCCUACUAGCAGCGCCAAGUAUGGCUGAGUGGCAUGUCGACCCUGAUCCGGCACCUAUUUCUGUACUUGUCCGAGCUGCUCAGUCUGUGGGCUUACACCGAGAUCCAGCAUCUUUCGGGUUCUCACCCCAGGAAGUAGAUUCACGUCGCGCACUAUGGUGGUGUAUUCACAAUCUGGAUGUUGGCUAUUCAUUUGCUCAUGCUUUGCCGCCACUGAUUCAUUCUUCGAGUUAUGACGUGAAGCCCAUCUUAGGGGAAAGAAAACUUGAAACCAGACUUCUCGAAACACAGAUUCGGUCCAAUGUGCUUUUCAACCGGAUAGCGGAAGAAGUUUACAGCGUACGAAAACCAACGCAGGAAUCGUUUCGUCGACUGAAUCAAGAUGUCAAGGACGUUUGCGACUAUAUAAUGGAAGAAGUACGGCGGACGCAAACAACAAUUCCGACGAACAUGGAGCGUUUCAUCGUGCUUUGCCAACGACUCACAUGUUAUAGAUUGUCAUUUAUUCUCCAUCAACCUUACCUUCGAUCUGCCCAAUGGCCGAGGGAGUCCAGAAAGCUUGCCCUCAAUGCCAGUGAAUCUUAUACGAAAGAAUUCGUGGAUGGCCUAGAUGAUCCAACAUUCGGACCCUACCAAUGGCUCCUCAACCACUACAACGUGUAUCAUGCCGGUGCCAUUAUACUACAGGAUCUUAUUCAGUACCCACAUAGCGCUGAGUCUGUGGAACUGUUUCGCGUCAUAGAUCCCACAAUGGCAAGGUUUUCCCAGAAUGUUUUCCGUCCUUGCCCCCCCUGCAAAAAGCUGUGUCUCCUUCUUGAGAAGGCAUGCGAGCUAAAUCAAUACACGACUAUGGCGAGGAUUGUCGACAGACGCAUAUUUGACGCCAUGAUCGACGAUUGGGAUCCGAUUUUCCCAUAUUGUCAAUGGGAAGAUAUUUCGCCAAUUGGCGCAUUGGACUGUGUACGACCAUCCGAUAUUACAUUAUAA